AUGGAGCACGAUGACCAGCAAGAGGCAUCGAUUUCCAGCAGGGAAGGGUCGAUAGACCUAGUCAGGGAACACUUUGCUCAGCUUAUGAGAAGAUGCGAGGCUUCUCAAUUUCCGGCGCCCUCGGAUGAACCACCGCCUAUCAUAGGGAUAUCAAUCGAUCCGUUCAGAUUGAAGGAAUAUCUAUUCGAUCAUCUUCAUUCCACCCUACUCCCCCAACUCCAAGAGCAUAUCCUCAAGCUGGGAGCCCUGUGUGAACUCUGUCAUGUACGCGAUGACUUCGGCGCGAUAUUCCAGUCCGUCUUAGAGAUCCAAGUGGACUUCGAUCGCGUUCUGGAGAAAAUCAUAGCCGCUAAGCACAAGAUCUGUCUUCCCGAUCCUGGCUCAGAUCCAAACCACGACAACUACCUCAACGAAUUCAAACACUACAGAAUUUCGAUUCUAGACAAGACGCUCAAUAAAUUAUUAUCAAGGCAACUCCACUCAGCUUUUGACACGGCCCAACGGUUUUAUUUAACGGAUUGUAUCCCACCCUCACGACGCUCUGACUCGCCUGACGACUACAUCCGAAGACGCCUUACUACCGAUCUUGCUCAGUCUUCUAAUUCGAUCGAGUCUACUAUCCAAUGUAUGAGAGGCCCUGAGUUCUAUCUGAUCCAAGUUCAUUGGCCUAUCGCCAUACCUAUUCUCGAAAAAAUCCUCGAGGACUACUGGCAACUGAUUGCCCGAUAUCAUUGCGGAACAGAAUCCGAAGUGUCUAGAAUUGAACCGUUCAUCCCAAUGGUUCAGGCGAUUAUUCCCAUGGUCCGGUUAUGUAGACUGCUCUUGAUCAAAGUGUCGAAAAAAAUAUCAAUCAAUCAGGAGUUUUUGCCGAUCUUUACUCAUUUGCCUUCUCGAUCACUCUCAAUUUUACAUAAUUUACCUACGAAGAUGGCCCGUUACCUCGAUGGUAUUCUUCAUCAGUUCAAGGGGAUCAUUGAUCCAUACAGACCCCCGGAUGAGUUGAAUCUUCUUGGUUUAAUCGAAGAUAAUUCAAAGAUUUUCACAGCUGCUCUUGAACUUUUAAUCUCUCAUAUUCUUCCUGCGAUCUCACAAGAUACUAACGAUUAUGUUGCUUGUAAUGACUUGAAUAAGAUCUGGAGUGCCAAUCUGAGUGUGAUCAACUACACGGCAGUUGCAGGCGGCCGGCAAAUCGCUGAAAAUUCGGCCGUCAAUUUGACGGACCCCGCUCAGCCAGCUUUGACCGGCAAAAAACGGGCCUCCGGUCAGCCGGCAAAUUGA